AAGGGCCAGGAAUCCCAGAACCUGUGGAUGCCACUGUAGGUAGGAGAAUCCCAGGAUAUUGCCAUUUUCCCCAGGAAAACAUACUGAGCUCGGUGCUGUAAAUAUGAUGCGUAUCUUCUACUAGCUUUUUGUAACUUAUGAUCAUUCAGCGUCACCAAAACGUGAAGAAGAUAUGUGUAUUCCUUGUAACUGCUCGUUUCUUUGAUGGGAGUGCGUUAUAAACAUAAAUAUCUCUGAAAGUAAUAGAGUAUACACUUUUAUGAUAAUGUCUAAUUACAACACUAUUGAAAGCAUGUUUUAAAGAAUAUUACAGGUGUAAAUAAUUAUUGUGAGGAUUACUACUUUCAAUUUUUGUAAGCAACGUAAAAUUCCAUGCAUUUGUUGUAAGGUUAAAUUAUUUACAAAUGGCAGAUAAAGCUAUUAUGAAGCAAAUUGCAGAGCAAAAGCUUAAAGCAUUUUCUAUUGGCACAAUGGGUAAGAGACCAUUAAGUAAAAAAGAAUUAGAAGAGCAACGUAAAAAAGAACAAGAACAGGCUGCAGCUCAAGCAUUUGAAGAAUUUGUAGCAACCUUCCAAGAAACACCUAAUAAAACAACAAGUAAAGUUUGGGUAAAGGCAGGCACUUAUGAUGCAGGAAAACGACAGGAAGAUACAAGGGAAAAGGGGAAACUCUACAAACCUCAGUCAAAAAUAUCAGAGCUUGUUGAUAACAGAUCAUCAGCAGAACAAGCACAAGAAUAUGCAAGGCUGUUGGGAUCAAGUGAAAGAAAGCUGGAUAGAUUGGGCAAAAAGAAAAAAGAAGGUGAAAAGAAGAAAAGUAAUCUUGAAUUAUUUAAAGAAGAGUUAAAAAUGAUACAAGAAGAAAGAGAGGAAAGACAUAAAUACAAAGGGGUAGUGAAAACUGUUAUUUCUGCCCAAUCAGAAGAUCCAAUGCUAGCAGCUCUAAAAUGUGUUGAAGAUGGGUCAUUUGACAAUGGUGAUCCUAAUACAACAAAUCUAUAUUUGGGAAAUUUAAAUCCGAAGAUUACAGAGCAACAAUUGAUGGAAAUAUUUGGAAAAUAUGGUCCGUUAGCUAGUAUCAAAAUUAUGUGGCCGCGUAGUGACGAGGAAAAAGCUAGGCAAAGAAAUUGUGGUUUUGUUGCAUUCAUGAGCCGUAAAGAUGGAGAACGAGCAUUGAAAAAUCUGAACGGCCGUGAUAUAAUGCAGUAUGAGAUGAAAUUAGGCUGGGGAAAAAGUGUACCAAUUCCACCUUAUCCCAUUUAUAUUCCACCUGCUUUGAUGGAAAUUACACAACCGCCACCUCCAUCUGGUCUUCCGUUUAAUGCUCAACCACAUCGUCGUGAUAGACAUAAGGUACCUCGUAUUCGUAAUCUACAGACAGCAGAUCCUCAGGAGAAGGAAAACUUCGAGAAGGUUUUGCAGAAUGCGGUUGUCAAAGUAGUUAUACCAACAGAAAGAAACUUAGUUAUGUUAAUACACAGAAUGGUAGAAUUUGUGAUUCGAGAAGGCCCGAUGUUUGAGGCAAUGAUUAUGAACCGAGAGCUAAACAAUCCAAUGUUUAGAUUUUUAUUUGAAAAUUAUUCACCUGCACAUAUUUACUAUCGGUGGAAGUUGUAUUCCAUAUUGCAAGGAGAUGGACAAAAAGAGUGGCGUACCGAAGAUUUUAGGAUGUUCAAAGGAGGAAGUGUAUGGAGACCACCGCCGAUUAAUCCAUGGACUCAGGGAAUGCCCGAUGAAUUGAUUGAGAUGGAAGAAAGGCAAGAACCUAGAAGAGGAAGUUUGUCAAACAGUCAACGGGAUCGAUUAGAAGAUUUAUUACGAAACAUAUCCCCCGAAAGGAUAAAAGUAGCAGAAGCCAUGGUAUUUUGUAUAGAACAUGCCGAAGCAGCCGAAGAAAUUUGUGAUUGUAUUUCAGAGUCGCUAUCAAUAUUACAAACACCCGUCAACAAAAAAAUUGCAAGAUUAUAUCUUAUAUCGGAUAUAUUACACAAUUGUGGUGUUAAAGUAAAUAAUGCUACUAUUUAUCGGAAAGCGUUUGAAACACGACUUUUGGAUAUAUUUAAUGAAGUUCAUCAAGCUUACAAACAGUUUGAUAGUAGAUUAAAAGCUGAAGGAUUUAAAGUUCGUGUAAUGAGAAUGUUUAGGGCAUGGGAAGAUUGGGCAGUUUAUCCGCGAGAUUUUCUCGUUAAAUUACAAAAUACUUUUCUUGGUCUUGUUCUGGUAGAUGAACCUGAACAAGAAAAUGAUGAAGAUAUUGAUGGAGCACCGUUAUCAGAUGUAGAUGGAGAUGGUGCAGAAGAUCUGGACGGGGUACCAUUAGACGGAGCUGCUUUACUUAAAGGUGCUAUGAAACAUGGUUUAACGCCACAAACAACAACCAAUUAUGAUGACAUCGAUGGAGUUCCUAUGGAUGAGGAUAUUGAUGGUAUUCCUAUGGAUGAAGAUGAUUCUUCGAACUUACGAAAUAAAGAGGAUGAAAAAAAGCCAUCUAUUCCUGCCGGUUUUGUACCAUCACGUUGGGAAACUGUUGAUCCUGAUCAGGUCGAAGCACAAGCUAUGACGACUAGUAAAUGGGAAGAAUUAGGUCAGAAUGAUGAUUCGAAUUCUCAGGAUACUAGUAUGGAUUCCAGUGGUAGAGAUUAUAAUGAAGAAAGAAGAAGUAGACUUCGCGAAAUUGAAGUUAAAAUAAUGCAGUACCAAGAUGAAUUAGAAAGUGGUAGGAGGGCAUUAAAAUCUGGUAUGACAAUUCAAGGACAAGUGGAACAUUAUAGAAAAAAGCUCAUUAGAAAGAGCGAGAGAGAACUGAAAGAUGCUAAAAGUGAAGAACGUGACGACGACAGGCGAAGGGAAAAGAAACGAAGCACAACUCCAGAAUCUCCAAGUCAUUAUAGAGAUCGAAGACGUACUUCGACAAGUCCAUCGUCUAAAACCAACAGAUAUAGAUCUCGUAGCAGAUCACCACGUGGUAAACGUAGAUCACGAUCACCAUACAAAAAACGAGUUCCAGUCACACCAUCGCCACCACGUAUUCGACGAACGCCUUCACCUUCUUUUUCAUCUAGAGUAUCUCGAAGAUCUCCAGUUAGUGAACGAAGUGACAGGAAAAGAAGAGCGAGAUCGCCAUCGUUAUCUCCACCACCUCCACCACGUACCUCAAAGCAUAGAGCUAAUAGUCCUCCUUCUCCAACGUCACGCAAACAUAGACAUAAACAUAAAUAUUAAGUUAUUUUACAUGAUAUUCUUUGUAUCUUUAAAAAAUAAUGAAUCUAUUGAUUUUGUAAUACAUACAUUUCAGUAGGAUUAUAAAAUAAUAUUAUUGUUAUAAAAAGUUCAUUAGCGCAAUAUUGUGAAAUAUUUUAACCUGAUUUCAAAUAUUCUAAUAUUUUCCUUUUCUUUUGAAAUUUGUUUGUAUGUGCGUAGUUGCAUAUACUCGCGAUACCAUUUGACAAAUAUAUGAAUAAAAAAUUUCCCGACGAAAUUUCUAAUUGUUACGAGCAUAAGGAUUUUAUUUAUACAUGUAAAUUUACUUGUAUUAUUAGCACAUAAUUGCAUUAAAAAUUAUUAAAAUAUUG